ACAGACCAGGCCCAGUUGGCCCACUCACCAAAACAAUCUCAGAAUCGGGCCCCCAUCACACAACCCAACACUAUUUUCUCGUCUUUUUCAUUUCUUGUUCUCGAUUCUCGUGCGAAUUCACCUCUCUCAUUCCUUAGAUUCUUCAUCUGCAACUCUCCUUUUCUUGGGAUAGAUGUCAGCAUUUGAAAUGGUCGAUUGAAAAGGGGAACGAUUGAACAAUUCUUGUGGCUCAGUUGUCCAACCAGGUGCCCUUAUAGUAAUGAAAAGAAACACGUUAUCAUGGAGCCCAAGUGUGAGUUGGGAGCAAUGACAAGUUCUCAUGUUCUAGGAACUUCUAGUGAGAGUAUCAUCAUCGACAGAUUUAGUGAUCUCCCAGAUGAAAUUGCUCAUCACAUUCUUUCCUUCCACUGUGGCAUCUUAAUGAACCUCAUCCGAGUGGGCGCAGUGUCCAAGAGAUGCAGACAACUUUAUCUAUCACUUCCGUCUUUGAUUAUUGUUUCAGGUCAUGUUUCAAACUGCACCAGGUCGAGAGUAAGGUUGAUGAAUUAUUGGGACAGGUACUUGUUUCAUCGUGGUGAUAAUAAGAUAGAGUGCUUUGGCGUUUGCUGGUCUUUCGAUGCCGCAGUCAAUGCAGAGAUAAGUGAUGAGUUUUUUCGAAUCACCACGUGGAUCCAAAAUGCAGUAAGGUGUAAUGUUAAAGUGCUUCACCUUGAAUUCACUCAAAACAACUUGAAUAUAGUUGUGUUACCAUCUUGCAUCUUUCAUUGUCAUUCUUUGACGGAACUCUAUGUGAACUUGAGUGGGGGUGAUAUUCAAUCACCCUCCUUGUCUUUUUCAAGUAAUCUCCAGCACUUGGAGUUGAAGGAUGCUAUGGUUGAAGAUGACCGGUUUUUCGAAUGGAUAUCAUCUUCCUGCAAAUGCAUCAAGGAAUUACGUCUUGAAAAUGUUAGUGGAAUAAAAGAUAUCACGAUUGAGAGCUCGUCUUUGGAAAUAUUUAUUUAUCUGUUUCCUUUUAACAAUUAUGAGCUCUGGGAUCUUAACAUUUCAGGGGAGAAACUUGAAGAAAUAAUAAUACUUUGGCAUUUUGAUUCGAAUGAUGAUUCAAGACGUGGUCUUAUACCUCGCAUCAGGUCGCUAAAUAUUCUCGCCCCAAAGCUUAAAAAGAUCACGUGGGGUGGGAACUUUCUGGAUCAUCAGCAUCUUGGGAACUUGAUGUGCUUAGAAGAAGCUAAGAUUUUUCUGUUCCCCGACUUAGAUGACUUCAAUAACCCAUUUGAGGUUCUCUGCAGUAUUCGCGUGGUUAAAGCUCUUGUCCUAAACGAAGAGACUACAAAGGCUUUUUUCAUGGAAAGUUCGAUGCCAUUACGAUUAGAUAAUAUUCAUGACUUGACUUUACAUGUUAGAAGCGUGAAUGAUGACUUCGUCCCAGCAAUGGUCUCUCUUUUCAGAGGAAUCACUACUUUGAAUACUCUAUGCAUAACGUCUGUCACAUACAAGCAAGCAAUUGAGGAAGCGUAUAAUGAAACUGAGGAAGAGGAUAAUAAUUAUGAGGAAGAGGACAACGGAACUGAGCAGGAGAAUAGUGAGACUACAGAAGAGGAUGGUGCAACUGAGGAAGGGGAUAAUCCUCCCAAGUUUGAUGUGGAAUAUUGGAAAUCCCAAAACCUUAAUUUUACUUGUGAGCUAAAGGAGGUGAAACUGGAGAUUGUGGAGGGUAAUAAUAAUGAAUUGGAUUUAGCAAGGUACAUUCUGGAGCAUGCUCAGAAAUUGAAGAAAAUGGUGAUUCUUCAUUCACCGCAGCAUCCGGAUAUUUUGGAAAUGGUAAGAAAAAGCAAGAUGAUAUCCACUGCAACAGUGGUUUUGCAAGAAGUAAUAUUGUAAUAUUGUAACCUUGGUACAGCAUGUGACACUUAAUUUGGAUGAAGGGACUCUCUAAUUCCUGUCAAGUGUAGUACUCGUAUGCUGAAUCGUGCAAUAUGCGUUUUGAACCUUCAGUCUUCAGU